AUGAGCGAAGAAAAACUUUAUAGCAUGCAGAUUGAUGCGAUUGAUGGUAACUUGAAAUAUGAACUCAUAGAAAACGGCAGAAAUGUAAUACUCGAUAAAUCGUGCAAAAACGUGUCAAAUUUGGAUUACACAUUUCUUGGUUAUUCAGAAAAAUUAGAAAAACAUUUAAGAGAUUUCAACAUAAAAAGCUUUGAUUAUUCGAAAUUUAACGAGCAUAAAAUUAUUGGAAAGGGAGAGACAGCGACUGUAUAUUCUGCACGUUUUCAAGGAAGAACCUAUGCAUUAAAAUGCAUAAACAAUAACUUAUAUAUGAAUGAUAAUACGUUCACAAAAAUUAAACGAGAG